AUGACAACUUUAUACUAUUCCGGAUAUGAAGCGACCUCAAAUUACGCGUCGCAGUGGUCAGACGACCCUAUGGACGUAUACUAUGGCGAAGACACCUCGUCAUGGGCAUAUGCGUCUCAACGCAUUGCUAUUGAACAGGACGCGGUUAUGUGGCAUGCCACCUCCUUCGCUGACACACGAAGCCCGCCACCCGCAUACGGUGUCCUGGUCGACGAGGACGAGGAUCGCGAGUACGGAUACGAGUACCGCCAACCUCAAUUCGAGAACGCCUUGGAGGCGCUCCCGCCGCGCGCGCCGUCGCCGCCACCCCACGAUGUCACACGCGAACCAGAGGACACGCGCGUGGUGCACGUCCUCAUCCCUGCCUUUCGUGGCAUGCGCGUCUCGGACGCGGAUUCCGACGCCACCUGCACCCCAAAAACGAAGCGGCGCGACGUCGCGCGUACCAAGGCCCAGGACGCGAUGCGGCUCAAAAUCGCGAAGCAGCGCGGGGCACACGCGCACCCCCGCCCUCGCCCGAGCUCGCCACCCACCCCAUCCCACCCCACCCCCCGCCCAGCCCGGCGCACCAAGGACGCCUGGGCGCGCCCCAGCACUCCGGCUACCCCCUCCCCCACCUACACAUACAGCCGUCCUACCUCCUCCCUUCACACACCCUCGCCAGCUUCCUCCAUAUCCAGCGAUCUGCAGACGCCACCCGCGGCUGCGCGCGAGAGAGUGCCCACGAUCGUGGUGCCCGGGGGGAGGUCUGUGGCGUGGGCCGCGACGCAACUGGGCCACAUGAGCCUGAUCCCCGUGGAGCAGGAUGGAGAGAGUGAAGAUGAGGAGCCGGGAGCGGUGGCGUGGACUUCCACGCGCAAGUGGAAGGGUGAAUGCAGGAUGGUGUCGCCGCCCGACGCCGGGUCGGACCGCACGGACUCGGAGGAUGAGGGCGACCGCAAGCCGGUGAUCCUGCGCGUCAGCAAAGAGCAGAGGAGAAAGGCGAUGGAAGAGGCACGCGCGGAAAGGGAGGAGAAGGAGGCGAGACGGAAGGCGCGCGCAGAGAGGCGGGCGGCGAUGAUGGCGGCGCGGAAGGCGGAGAGCGCGCGCGAACAAUUGGAGAGCGCGCUCAAUGCGAUUGAGGGGUUGGAUAGACCGCCGCAUCGCAAGCAUAGGAGGGCGGAGCGGGAGGGGUUGAUGGUGAUGCCGUAUCGGCGGGGGGAGACCGUGACACGGCUUGAGAACAUGAAGAAGCGGAUCGCGUUGGAGUUGCAGGUGAGGACGAGUUUUGAUAGGUGGGCGACUGUUUCCGUAGCUCAUCACCAGGCAUAUCUCGCAUACCACGCGGGAUGGGUUGGGUUGUUCUCUUGA